CUCCUCCGAGGCAUGAUUCCGGGAUUAUUUUUUGUACCGGCCUCGCAGCCUUGGCCAUCGCAUCGAACUGUUGGAGGCGAGUGUGGCAGCCUUUCCCGCGGCACUCUUUUUGUUCCUCCCAGACUUGCUCCCCUUUUCCCCCUCUCUAGUUUUUCCUUCGUUCCUUUCCUCCACAUUGCCACCAACAGAUCAGCUGAGAUCUCACUUUCGAUUCAGUGACUGGCUGGCUUUAAGUAGAGAGGCAGCCGAGCUGGACCCGGUGCCUUCUUGUAGGCUCUUCUUGGCACCCGGUGAUCGCCACCGGGCUCGAUCUAGUGAUCCCAGCGCAUGAGCACAGGCGAACCGUAGGGCUAUAGGAAGUCGCUAGCCCCAGCCUUGGUCAGUUCAGAGACGAGCGCAGGGUGCCAGUGCUGAAGCCUCGCUGCCUGAACCUUGAAGGUAGAUUGAUCGACGUCUGAUCGCAGAGGAAGACGCGAGCGCCGGUCGAGCAGCCAUGAGCGGGUUCGGGCAGAGGUCGCGGCCGUGGCCAGGGGACCCCGCGUCCACGCCGUCCGAGCCAGCGGCGGCGGUGGCGGCGGCCGCGGACGGGAGGGGCGAGGCGUCCACGCUCAAGGACUUCGGCACGUCCAUGGACGCCAUCUCCUUCGGGUUCGCGGCCACGGUCGUCCUCAUCUCGCUCUUCCUCCUCAUGGCCAUCUUCGAGCACCUCAUCAAGCCCCGGGCCUUCCCGCCGAACUCCCCCGACGGCGGCACGCCCCGCGCCGCCCGCCACCGGCACGGCCGCUCGCCCGGCAAGCUCCGCAGCCCGCCCAUGGUGGAGGCGGUGCUGCAGGCGGCGGACCUGUCGGUGCUGAUGCCGGGGCAGCGGUACCCGACGUACCUGGCACAGCCGGCGCCGCUGCCGCCGUCGUGCCCCAGGGAAGGGGUGCAUUGGCCGCCGCACGACCACCAUGCUUCCUACAUGCCGCCCUGAUUCCGUAGCCGUGUCCGGCAAACACGAUCGCGCAGCAUGCCGUGUUCACCGCACCGUACGCAUUUCUCAUUCAACAUUCAUCGCGUCUGUAUAGCCGAGGGGGGUUGUAAAUCAAAUGCAGGUGAUGGCAAAUCUGUCCUGGCCGCCUGUGUUGUUCUUGUCCGCA